UUUUUUUUUUUUCUUAUCGUUGCUAUGUGUUCGUGCGCGCUCGGAGAGGAAACAUGCAGCGGAUUAGAGGCGCGUGAGCGUGUCUCGUGAACGAGUGCACGCACGUAAGAUUCGCGUCAUACAUUCCCGCCCCCGCCCACCGACGUGAUGCGUGGUCGCGCGCGGAAUACAUUAUUAGGACUUCUCGGAAGCGGCUAGCCUCGAAAAAUCGCACUCGAGUCUCGCGUCAACAGGCGCGAUCGGCGGAUCUCUCUCUUUCGGAACAGUUGUGGAUUACAAAAGCGUCAUCGUUAAGUCGUUCGCGCGACGAAACCGUUCAUCAUCAUCAUCAUCAUCAUCAUCUGUCCCAACUUCAGGUAUCAUCUUUCUCUCUCGCUCGCCGUUUAAAUCUCGGAAUUACGACGAUGAGCCUGCACACGUGAUUGAGGGUCCUCUGUCGAGGAAUUCCGCACGAGUCCCAUUCAUGAAGAAAGGCGUCAGCAGUAACUUGACAGCAGUAAGUCGACGAAUUGGGUUAUGUUUCGUGACGAUGAUAAAAGAUGCGCUCGUAAACAGCGUUGUUUUGCCGCGUUAGGUACUUCGGAGUUGAAUAUACAUAAAAAAUAUCAGAGAAAGAGAAACGGAAACAUGGAUAGAGGACAUGGUGCCACCUACACAGGAGGUGAUAAUCACUUACUCGAAUACUGGGAGGAAUAUCAGAAAAUGAUAGAAGAGACAAAAAUGCUGGAUGAUUAUUUAGAUGAAGAAUGCGGUCCACGUAGUUAUGAUGAAGGGGAAGAAGAAGCUGAAUGGUUACGCGCAGCAGGUUUAGGACAGUUAACAGAAGCGUGGAAAGCAGGCAGAGAGGUACAGCCUGAAGAAUUAGGAGCAGCCUUACGUCCUCUGUCACGAGUUCAGGCAGAAGCUGUGAAACGUCGUGUAAGAUCGCUUAAUCAUACGGUUAAACAGCGUUUCAAUCAACGUCAACGUGUUCGCAAACCUGAUAUUAGAGAUGUCUUCAAAGAUGUAGAGGUAUCCAGUACAGGUACACGAUCACGUAGCGCUACUCCUGAUUCCUUGGAUUCAAUUCCAGGCGCUACACCAGAAAAUGCGUCACCUCCUUCGCCUCCAACAGUCAACGUAAUUGAAGAUGCACACCAAAACGCUAGCGUCCCAAGUUUCGUAUCCAUAUUCCACCGAACAUCAAAUGAGGGAAAAGCAACAGUUCGUAGAACACCAAGUGCUCCGCAAACAGUUCUCAACUCUGUACCAGGAUCCACUCCGAAUCCUGCACCUCUACAAGAGAUUUUCCGAAGAACUGGCAACUGGUCGCGGGGAGAUGUCGCAAAUGAUUCUGAAGGAAUACAGCUGACCGGCUACCAUAGAUUGGGAACGAUACAUAUCAGUAGACCAGUUCAGAGACAUAAUGAUGAUCUCAGCGAUAUAGGAAAUGCAGCGCACAUAGAUACCAAGUCGGUUAGAAAAUUGGCCGUACCAAAGGAAUCGACUCUUCGACGAAGUGCGGGUAGUCAUGCAACAGUAACCCGAAGUCACAGCAGUUUAUAUGGCUUGACUAGACCGGCGAAUGAGAAUCUCAUCGCUCGUCCAUUAAGUCGCACAUCAUCGCACGGUCAUCUUAGUUUCGAGGAAAUGUGCAGAACCAACGAAGCCAAAUCUCAAUGGUCUUCCGAUAAUCUUGUAGCUGAUGACGAUUAUGCUCGGCAGGAUGUUGAAUUAUUAUCGCAACGAGAUCUUACAAGAUUGCAACCUCUUUUGUGGCUUGAGCUCACGGCAAUUUUCGAUAAAUAUAAUAUCCCGCUUACGAGACGAAAACCUAACAAACGGCGGAGAAAAACUGGAAAUUUGUUUGGCGUUUCCUUAUCAACGCUGCUGCUUAGGGACAGUCAAUUAACAAGCGAAGAGAAUAACAUACCAUUAGUAUUUCAAAAGAUUCUUAGUGAACUGACAAAACGUGGAGUGAAAGAAGAAGGUAUUCUUCGUGUCGGAGGCCACAAACAGAAAGUAGAGAUUAUUUGUACGGAGCUGGAAACAGACUUUUAUUGUAAGCCAAAAGAGAUGGACAAAUUGUUUAAGUGUACUCCAUGUCACGAUUUAUCAGCCGUUUUGAAAAGAUUGUUACGCGACUUGCCGCAACCUCUUCUCACUGUCGAGCUGAUUGACGCUUUCUAUCAAAGUCAUGGUGUGAAGAAUCCCAAUGACUUAGUGUACUCUCUUAAUCUUCUGGUGCUAUUGCUACCUGUUGAACAUCGGUGUACUUUGGAGGCAUUGUUGAAUUUUUUGAAACUGGUCAUCGAAAAUCAGGCAUCGAACAAAAUGUCAAUACACAACGUGGCAAUGAUAGUUGCACCAUCGCUAUUUCCACCUCGCUACGUUCAUCCUCGGGACCGUACCGAUCUGACCGCUCAAGUAAACAUGGCUGCCAUAUGUUGUCAGGUAACAGAAGCUCUACUUAAUAAUGUUGACAAAUUGUGGUAUGUACCGACGGAACUUUUAAAUCAAUUACGGAGACAAUCUGAGGUGGAGAGAUAUCGUAAGUACAAAAAGAAAUACUACUGAUUGGGAUCAGAUAACUUAAAAUUAUUAUUGUGUAAUUUCAAAUUUUGUUGUACUUUUACAAUAAGUAAGUUGUAUAAUAUAUUAACAAUUUGAAUUUAUAAGAAUUACUAAGUGAUUCUUCAAGGCAUUGAUAUAGCGCAUUGCAUACUUAAUAUUCUAAUGAUGGUGCCUGUCUGCAUAUUACGAGAUCUGCAGCAUUUUGUCUUUACUAUAUUAAUUAUAAGAUAUUUAGGUUAAUUAAUGUUACUUUUUAGUGAUUUUUUUUAUAAAAAUCUGCUCUUGUUAGUCAAGUAUAUGAUAUCAUAUUUCAUCUUUGAGGAUAACAAUUACUUACUAUCAUAUAUUACGAACGUUUAUUAGAAUUUGUACACGUGUAUGUGCAAAUCUAUAUGUUUCAAGGUGCAAUAAUUUAAUAAGAGAUUUUUUCAUUCUUUUGUUUGAUAAAAAUUACAUAUAAUUUAUAUGUGAAAAUUUUCUAUACAAUGCUGAGAAAUUUUAUUUUUGGCAAGAUUUUAUAUUACGACAAAUUAUUUAAUGAUUACUAUAUAAAAUAUAAACUCGAAUAUGUCUAUAUUUUUGAGUGCUACAUAUGAUAUAUCUACAUUUUUCUACUAAUAAUAUUUAUUUAUAUAAUUGAUGAUACAAGGUAAGAUAUACAAUAGUUAUUCAGUUAUAUUAUGUAUAUUUUUGUGUAUUAUAAUACAGGAAAUUGCAAUGUCUCAGAUUCUAUAUUACAGUUUAUAUAAAGUUUUUUAAUUUAUUAUAUUGUUAAUUAUAAUCUAUGGAACCUCAUUAGAAUGAUUAUAAUUUUGUCGAUUGUUUGUUUUUCAUUCAAACGAUAUCUCUUUAAUUCUAUGAAGUUUAAAGUCUAUACGAAAGUAUAACAGAAACUAUCAGGUAAUGUCUUAAUUUAUUAUUAUUAAAUUUAUUUAUAUUUUCAUAAAAGAUAUAGAAUGGUAUUUAUUAUUCUAAUUUUGUACCACUGUGUCUUACUCAAUGAUGUCAAUAAUGUAUGUGCCUAUAAAUCUUAUUACCCAAUUGGGAAAGACGGAAAUCCAUUAUAUUAUAAGGCGACGUUUAUGUAAGAUUUCUAAUGAUGUGUCUAAUAUUGUGACAUAUCAUUUUCACAAGAAUAAUUACAUUUACCAUUUCGAUAUGCCAUAUUAUCAUAAGACUCUGUAUAUACCAUUUCGUAAAUUGUUAUAUAUUUGCGUUAAUAAAGUGCCAAAGAAAACAAAAGCUGGGUGAAUGUUUUCCAAUAUGUGUUACACAAUCUGUAAGUCUGAUUGUGAGUGCGUGGAAUACAGACGAAACAGUAUAGUGCAGAUAUAUAUUUGUAUAUUAUUAGGGGAUGCAUCUUUGAAGAAUUGUUGCUCAUGUCUUAAGAGUUUUCAAGAGCUUCAUCCCUUGCAGUGGUGGUAUCGAGUGUAUUGGUAUCGAAUCUGCAAAAUAAAAAUGUUAAAAUGUUAUGAAAUUA